AUGGCGGACCCUCUCCUCUCGACGCUUUGCAGCAUUUGUCAUAUAAACACUCCCAAAUACACAUGUCCUCGAUGCUCAGUCAAUACCUGCUCACUCCCCUGCUCUCGCCGCCACAAACUGUGGUCGUCAUGCAACGGCGUGCGCGACCCAACAGUCUUCGUCCCCAGAUCACAAUUAGCCACGCCUUCGGGAAUCGAUCACGAUUACAAUUUCCUCCAUUCAAUCGAACAUCAAAAAGAGAGAUCCGAGAAAGAGAUCGUAGAGAAUCGGCGCUUGGUGAAGGCGUCGGAAUUGAAAGCCGCGCGACGAGGUGAAGACCGACGAAGACCUAGAAAUUGGACACAUGAGGGGGAGGCUUGCAUUAAUAGAAUUCUUCACGCGUACAAAAUAAAAGUAUACCAGGCGCCUUGCGGUAUGAAGAGGAAUGUAGAAAAUACAACAACAUGGAGCAAGAAACAAAGGGACAUCAAUUGGCAAGUGGAGUGGUUCAGGGACGGCAAUUCCGGUAGACUUUUGGAAAAGGCACUGGGCUUCAAGAGGGUUGGGGAGGCUUAUUAUGAAGCUCAUGAGAUGGUUAGGAGAAUGAACUUAACGAGCGCAGAGAAAAAUAUCGAGAAAAAACGCAAGCUUGGGCAGAUCAAGGAAAGAUAUACGAAAAGGAUGAAAUUGGAACACGAGGGGAAGCACGAAAUGACCACGAUACCAAUAUUACAAUGUUCGAGUACGAGUGCCUGGAACGUCCCACAACGCCUCUGCGCGGUAGAAGUCGAGGAGGAUCAAGUGCCAGCUUGGGUUUUCAGUCUACACUUCUAUCUUCAUCGACCGAAUACACCUUCAACGUUCCCAAAAGUCUUGAUUCCGCUAGAUUCCUCGGAACCCUUACUUGAUCAAUUACGAAAGCGGGAAUUGAUGGAAUUCCCUACAAUAUAUGUACAGGAACAAGACACUCUGCCUGAGAAUUGCAUGCUGGAGAAGGAUUUUCUAAAAGCGACCGGACAAGAGCCGACCAUUCCAGAUGAGCAGCAGUCAAGUUCGAGUGAGGAGGAGUUAGAUGACGAUGAUACGAGUACCAGUGGAUCGGAUUCUUCGGAUAAUGAGAUGAAGGAGGGAGAGAUCCGUCAAUAA